GCAGCAGUUUGGCUGCAGCCCUGGCGUUGGGUUUGGCACCCAAGGAGCUCUGCAUAGAUGCGCAGGUCGUACCUCAUCCUGCCGGGUUCUCCAAUCGUGCCUUAGGUGGAUAUUUGCAACAGAGCUACGGCGCGGCCUUUGGCGUGCUCCUGGGUGUUGGUGAUGGGAGACGUGCCCUGGAGCUGCUCUCCUCAUGGCCGCAGGGUGUGAUAUUCCUGGUGGAUCCUUACAUCCACCUGCGACGUGGCUAUGACAGACCGGAGAACGUGGACGACAGCUCCCAGCAGCGAAAUUUCGAGAACUUGCGAAACAAGCUGCAUGACGAGCCGUCGGUGCAAGGAAGAUACUCCUUUGUGAGGGAGUUCUCUUUCUCGGUGCCACCGAUCUGGAGAGACAAGAAAUGGGGCCAGCCUCCUUUGCUGGUGUUCCAUGACGCCAACCCUUCCUACGGCGCUGUACGGACGGAUCUGGCGACUUGGUGGCCGCUUCUUGCAGAAGGCGGGACGAUGGCCGGCAGCAACUACACAACGGAAGGCGACGGCUCCGUUGUGGGAGUUCGACAGGCAGUCGACGAGUUCGCCGCGAGUAUGGGCCUCCCUGUCUUCAUCACAGAAGACGCCGAAGAGCCUACCUGGAUCUUGCAAAAGCCGGGCAGCGUGUGA